AUGUUCUUAGGUCUUCAGAUGGCCCCUCCAGCCAAGAUCCUUGGAUCUCUGCCGCCACGGGCGGGGCACACCGACGGCCAGCCGUACACAUUCCGCCGCCGUGCACCCGUCAACUACCAGAUUCCCCCACCACUCAGGUCGCGUGUAAAGGCACCCGUGUCAACGGUUAUGGUGGCAGUUUGGGAGGCAGCUCUCGCACAGGAGAGUGACGCGCGGGUGGGGUGGCACGCAAGGGCAAGCAGUUUGGAUGGAGUGCGCCGGGUGCUGAGCUUGGGUGGCGGAUGGGCAUGCCUGGAGAUGACCAUGUUACGUGCACGCGGCGGCCGAGGAAAGGACUUGUUGGGUCAAUGGGCAAUAUGUUUGGCACGGGUGCGGCGGCGCGCCCGGUUGGGCGUUGGAUCAUGUUUCAAAACUUUGGGAUCAUUCCUCCGCGCGAUGUUCCUUUCCAUGGACCACCAGGAACAGGCAAAAGACUCCUUGCCCGUGCACUUGCAUCCAGCUGCAGAAGCUACGGCAAAGGCAUUUGCCACCUCAGCCUUCUACACGCACAAAGGCGCCGACUGUCUCUCCAACUGGGUCGGCAAAGUCGAACACCAACUCCGGCUCCUUUUCGAAGACCUUGGCACUAGCAUGAUCAUAUUCACACAUAGAGCUUCAUUACUGUACAAUUCUCAUUCUUCUCGAGAGUUUCCGAGUUCCUUCAUUUUUUUUGCUGUGUCGUCCAGGACUCGUCCUUAUCAUACAUCACUGAUACUAACAACCGACCCCCAGCCGUUCACAAACGACUUUCCGCGGGCCGAUAUCCACGAGCUGCUCUCACCAGAUAUUCUUCACCAGUUGAUCAAGGGCUCAUUUAAAGAUCAUCUACAAGCGAAUCAAAUCCUCGCUGAUAUAGAUCGCCGAAUCAGUGCCACCCCGUCAUUCCCUGGCCUGCGGCGGUUUCCUCAAGGACGUGGGUUCAAGCAAUGGACAGGUGAUGACUCGAAGGCUUUGAUGAAAGUUUAUCUCCCUGCACUUUCCGGCCACGUCCCCUCUCGAAUGGUGCAAGCCAUCCGAGCUUUUCUCGAAUUUUGCUACCUCACAAGACGUAACGUUCACGACGAGGCAACACUCCGCGACCUUGAGAAUGCCUUGAAGCGGUUCCACGCUUUUCGAACGAUUUUCCAAGAAACUGGUGUGCGACCUGAAGGAUUCUCCCUCCCUCGGCAGCACGCACUUACUCAUUACCACACCCAUAUUCGCCUGUUCGGCGCCCCGAAUGGCUUAUGCUCUUCGAUCACCGAGUCUAAGCACAUUAAAGCGGUCAAGGAGCCCUGGCGACGAUCCAACCAUUUCGAAGCAAUCAUGCAAAUGAUGGUCACCAACCAGCGCCUGGACCAACUCUCUGCAAUGCGUGUUGAUUACAUGUCCCGCGGCAUGCUGGAUAGCUCGCAGGAUCCAGCGACUCAAGCACCGCUAUCUCAACGCGGCCACGAACAUCAUGGUGUACGGAGUACGAGUCCCACUCCGCCUCAAGAGAAAAGCCAGGAACCGGUCCCCGGUGUCAGUGUAUCCGAGCGAGAUGAUGACGGAGAUGUUGAUGGGCCAUCUGUCCUUGGUUAUGUUAGGCUCGCUAAGAAACCAGCGCAGGGGUAUCCCCGGGAUGUCCAGGCUCUGGGGAAUCAAAUCGAGUGCCAAGAGCUGCAAGAGCUCAUUUGCCGCUUUCUUCACAGUGUCUCGCAUUCUGAAAAUGCCGACAUUGUUCUUCCUCUAGAGGAAUGCCCACAGUUUUCAGGGCUUAUUCAGGUUUACCACUCCGCCGUGGCAGUGUACAGUGACUCAAAAAACCCUUUCUAUGCUGGUCACUUUUGCACAAAACACUGA